AUGGACGAAGGAUUCGAGUCUGACACUCUCAUCGGAGUUGGACACUCAACUCCCACCAGGAACAGCAACAUCAACUUCAACAACAACAUCAACGAGAACAUCACCCCUGCCGAUCCCACCAGCAACUAUGCCCCCUUCGGACCCACUUGGUCUGCUCCUUCCACCCCCUCGGUCCCCAGUAACGUAUCUCUCCCCGCCGACUCGAUCUUCAAAAACAUGUCUUCCCCAGCCAGGAGCACUAUCGGACCAAGGAACUCGCUGAAAUAUAGCUUACGGAUGGACGAGGGAGACGAGGACACCCUUCUUAUCGAGAAGAGUAGGAUUCUUGAACACCUCCGGCACGCAACCGCCGAGGUCGAUGAACUGGAGAGUCGACUCCAGGCUGUGAGGCGGCAGCGAGCACGUGCAGUUGUUGAUGCUCUAGAGAGUCAUCAAAAGGCACAGGAAUCAGAGGCCAAGGAGAUGAGGUACCUGUCAUUGCAGAGUGAGGCUGAACGGGAAGUGGGAAGCACGUCGCAGGAGAUCAAGACCAUGUCCGAUGUGCCUGUAAAGACUCUCCUCAACACGCUGACGACACAGGGACAAUCGGGCAUCAAUCUAGCCAUGGUUCAGAGACUCCAGAGUUUUACCGACUUUGUAUUCACGUCGAUCGAGAGCCAUGUUAUUUCGACAUCAGAGUCUGAGAGCGGGAAUCGACGAUACAGGAUCGCGGGAUCGUGUUAUCGCUUGGAGUUUGAGGUCAAGUUCAUUGUCCACGAACCAGCCCUUAACCUUACAGGCCUGAAAAUCACGUUACCACACAGCGUCCGACAAGAACUGGGCCAGUUUGUAUCCAGUGCUGAGAAACACGCCAUGCUACUGCCCUUCUUCAGGGUACUCUUGAAUUAUGCCCAGAUGGACUACGAUCGCAGGACGCUGAUGAACAACCUUGCCCAACGAUUUCCUCGUCUCCUCAAAGCCAAUCACGCCUUCUUCAAGCUGUCAAAAUCCAAGGUGCGAUCACCGUCGUUGGGCUUUGACAAGACCGAUGCCUCUUCAAGGUGGGCCCUUCCUGGAGGUCCUGGAGUACAGACACUCACAUUCAGUGGCACAAGGUGGGAACACGACUCUGACUCAGAGGACACAACCAUGGCUGCCCCAACGGCCGAAUCAGAGGUCAGCACACCAGCAGCUGCCUUGAAGGAGAGUCUGUUGGCUCGGGGACACGAUGACUCUCUGGUUGAUAGAAACCAAGACCCGUUCGCCGACCAUACGGAGGAGAUCCAAGACGAGGUCUCACACAUGGUGGUUAAGACGAAUCUAGAUGGUGCCCAGUCGACGACAACAACGACAGCGUCCCACGAUGGCACACCUGCCUGUUCGACGUCGACCUCUUUGACCUCGUUGGCUUCUAUUCCCUCUCCGGCUUCUAUGACCUCAUCGUCCAUGGAACCUGCCGGUCCAAACAGAUCCAAGGCGCCUUCAUCGUCAUCGACUCCCAUUGAGCCUACUGAUUCUCGCCCAAGUAUCGAUCGCACUCAAGACAGCGGGAACACUUACAACCGAUCGGGGCACUGGUCCUUCUCUACCUCGUCGGCCUACUCGUAUUCGGCACCGACACUCUCCAUGUCGAGCCUCAUCCACUCCAAGGAGUCCGUCUACGCUGCGGUGCCCGUCUCGUCCGAGCUGUACAUCAUCCCCAAGUCAAGCCGUGGAUUCCAUUGGAACGGAGACCUUUUCUUGAAGCCUCACCAGCGUCGCAGUCUGGGAGUAGAUCACAUGUUUAGCUCAUCUUCGGCACACCACCACACCAACCAUAGCAUCAACGACAGCAGCAGCGUCUAUGGAGGGGCGGGACCAUCGAGUGGUCAGCAUCAGAGUCAACAUAUCCACAACCAGGACUCUUCUGUGAUGGUGCAUGAGAUUCGUUUGGACGAGCACGAGAUAGAUGGGAUCUUGCCCUCAUGGCCUUGA